AAAAAAGAAAAUGUCAAAUUUCUAAAACAGAGUUUAAAAACUUUAAUGUGAAGAAGUAAAUCAUGAUAACAAGCCUAUUAUUUUGAUUUGCUUUAACAAAGACUGUGUUAAAAGGAAAGUUUGUUUAACUUGCAUAGAGGAAUUUCAUAAAAGUCAUACAGGAGAAUUAGCUUCAAUUGAAGAUGUAGAAGCAUUCAUUAGAAACAAUUGUAUUAAAUAAAAAGGAACAUAUUAAUGCAAUGAUAUAUUAGGUAAAUUUGAUGAAUUAAAAAAUGAUAUUCUUAACCAAUUGAAAGUUUUGGAAUUCAUUUUAAAAGAAAAAGUACGCUAAGUCUUUGAUAAUAUGAAUAAUACAGACAAUAAGUUGUAGUAAAUAGGGGAUGAAUGUGAAAAUGAUUUAAAUGAUCUCUAAAGUAAAUGUAAGUAGAAAAUUGAAGAAUUUAGAUUAGAAUGGAAUAAUAAAGUAAAUGCAUUUAAAUCAAUACUUGCUCCAAUUGAAAUAAAUUUAAAAAGAUUUGAGAAAUUAAGUGAAAAAGAUGUUGAUUUAAAUCCUUAAACAAUAAAUGUCAGUGUUUUGUACCCAAAAUAAACAAUUAAAUUAACUAAAAUAUAUAUCUCCUAAUUAGAAAAGACAUUUUAAGAUAAAUAAAUUGAAUUAGAAUUUUCAAUAUACAAAAAUAUGUAUAAAUAAUAAUAAUUUUGAUAGGAAUUUAUAAGAGAAAUAUUUGCAUAAUUGGAAAAGUGUUUUGGAUCACUCUUAAAUGAAAAUGAGAAAUGAUUCUUAUGAAAUUGGAUUACCAGAUUAUGUAUAUUUAAAAGAAGGAGAAUGUUAUAGUUUGGAAAUAAAAAGUAAUCAAGAUUGCAAAUUUAAAUUAUUUAAUGAAUAAAGUUUAGAAAAUUAACUUAUGAGUUUCUAAUAAUCUGAUCAUGAAAAAGCUUCUUUUAAAUUAGAAGAAAAAAUAUCAGUAAGUAGUCUAAGUGGAUAUGGAUUACUUGUAUCUAUGGUAGCAUUAUAUGAAUGAAUAGAUAUAUAUUAU